AUGUCUGAGCACUCUGUCAUCAAGGAACAACCAGAGCCAGUAGCUUCUCUGGAUCACAGGACAUCGUUCUCUGGCGCGCUCAGGUCGAAUGUCGUGCAUGCCUACGAAAAGCUCACCACCAAGCACGGGUGGGUGGGCGACUACGACUAUGGCUGGCUCUGCAUGCCGACGCUCCCGUUCAGUAUCUCGUCCGUCGCGAAGCCGCGCAGGCGAAUGCCGCCGUUCUACGCGCUAGACUCAGAACUUCCCCUCCUGCUUGCGCUCACCAGCGGCCUGCAGCACGCGCUCGCGAUGCUGGCGGGCCUCAUCACACCGCCCAUCAUCUUUGCAAGCACGCUGAACCUCGAUGGCGAGACCUCCGCAUACAUGAUCUCCGCGUCUCUCAUCGGCUGUGGUAUUCUCAGCCUGGUGCAGAUGUCUCGCAUCAGGCUGUUCAAGAACUAUUACCUCGGCACGGGGCUUUUAUCCGUCGUCGGGACUAGUUUUGCGACCCUCAGUACUGCCAAUGCUAUUUUCAAUGCCAUGUAUGCUGAUGGUACAUGUCCAUCUACGACUAGUGCCGAUGGAACGGUAGUGAGAGGCGCAUGUCCAGAUGCAUAUGGUAAAGUUCUUGGAACUUCACUCAUCUGUUCAUUCCUCGAAAUCUUCCUGUCGUUUGUGCCGCCAAGAAUGUUGCAGCGCAUCUUCCCUCCGAUGGUCACGGGCACUGUUAUCCUGAUGAUCGGAGCCUCUCUCGUCGGAUCGUCAGGCAUACCCGACUGGGGAGGAGGAUCCAACAGCUGCAGUUCACGUCCAACCUCUGGUUUUUUCCGACUCUGCCCAAACAUCAAUGCACCGAGACCUUUGCUUUGGGGUUCGCCGGAAUUUAUCGGACUUGGAUUCCUCUCCUUCGUCAGCAUCCUCCUGACAGAGCUCUUUGGCUCCCCGUUCCUUAAGAAUAUCUCGAUCAUUGUCGGGCUGGCGGUUGGCUGCAUUGUCUCCGGUGCUGCGGGCUAUAUUGACGGAAGCAGUAUCAAGACAGCGCCAGUCAUCACGUUCUUAUGGGUACACACAUUCAAGAUCAGGGUAUAUCCUCCCGCCAUCUUGCCUAUGCUAGCUGUCUACAUUUCUGUCGCAAUGGAGGCCAUUGGCGACAUCACUGCAUCUGCAGAGGUUUCACGAGUUGCUGUAGACGGCGAAGAAUUCGACUCGCGGAUACAAGGAGGUGUCUUGAGUGACGGCAUUGGAGGAUUCCUAUCCGCGCUCUUCACCGUGACUCCGCUGUCAAUAUUUGCUCAGAACAAUGGCGUCAUUGCGGUAACACGGUGUGCGAACCGUACGGCAGGACGCUUCUGCUGCAUGUUCCUGAUUCUCUUCGGUGUCCUCGGCAAGAUAUCCGGGGUAUUCUUAGCCAUCCCGAACCCCGUCCUUGGCGGCGUGACGACUUUCCUAUUUGCCAGUGUUGCGACGUCCGGCGCGCGUGUGCUCGCGUAUACUCGUUACACGCGCCGCGACCGUUUUGUCCUAUCCGCCGCGCUGUCGUUCGGGUUCGGCGACCUCCUUGUGCCCACCAUAUUUACCUACCUAUUUGACCGCGUCAAGCAUCCAAAUAGCGCACUACAGGGCUUCUUCAGCUCUAUCACGAUCGUGCUCAGCACUCCUUUCCUCGUCGCUGGUGUUGUUGCGGUGGUUCUCAACCUCAUUCUUCCGCAAGAAGACGCGGAUGACGACGACGACAAGGAGGUCGAGAUCGUAGAUGUGGAGGAGAAGCCACAUAGCAAAGCCGACAUGUGA